AUGGCUCCGAGUCUCUUCGACGUGUCCGACGCGCUGCCUCUCGUCCACGACACGACGACAGCCAAUGCCCGUCGCUGCGUCCUUGUGACAGGCGCCGCCGGCUUCAUUGGCUUUCACACGGCCCAUGCGCUCCUCGCUCGAGGCGACGACGUGGUCGUUCUCGACGAGCUCAACGAUUACUACGACGUAAGGCUCAAGCAGAGCAACCUCGACUGGCUCACGACCACCUACGGCAGUCGUGUGCGCGUCUACAUUGGCGACGUGUGCGACCAGCACCUCGUGCGCCGCGUGCUGAAAGAGACGGCAGUCAAAGAGGUGGUCCACCUCGCUGCUCGAGCUGGCGUGCGUCCCAGUAUCGAGCACCCGCUCGUGUACAUCCACGCAAACGUCGUGGCGACGAUGGUGCUGCUCGACGCUUGUCGCGAGUUUCGCAUCAAGAAGUUUGUCUACGCGAGCAGCAGCUCUGUCUACGGGGGCAGCACGAAGGACCGCUUUUGCGAGACGGACAGCGUCGACUGCCCCGUGAGUCCAUACGCUGCAACGAAGAAAAGCUGUGAGCUACUGGCGCACACGUACCACCAUCUCCAUGGCCUGGACACGAUUGGACUGCGGUUCUUUACUGUCUACGGCCCUCGCGGUCGCCCGGACAUGGCGCCGUUCAAGUUCAUGGACCGCAUUGCCCGCGGUGUCGCCAUUGACCAAUACGGCGACGGCUCGUCGUCGCGCGACUACACGUACAUUGACGAUAUUGUCCAGGGCGUCGUGCUGAGCUUGGACCGUGGCCACGGCUGCGAGGUGUUUAACCUCGGCCGCGGUACGCCCGUGCUCUUGACAGACUUCAUUUCGAUCAUUGAAAAGCUCGUGGGCAAGGAGGCUAAGAUCGAGAUCUUGCCGGACCAACCGGGGGACGUGCCACGCACGAGUGCCGACAUUUCAAAGGCAGAGCGACUACUCGGGUACAAACCCACGACGUCGUUGGAACAGGGACUGGCCAAGACGUGGGAAUGGUAUUCUGAUUUCUACAAGCCAAAACUGCUGCUGGAGGCUGCGUAG